ACUGCUCACCAUGUUCCUAGCCAGUGCUAUUUUAUUAGUUUUCAUCUACAAUGAAGCUGUUCGUCCAGUUGAAUGUCCAGCUACUAGUGACAAGAACAAUCUUGUCGACACAUAUGCUCCACUCAAAUCAGAAUUGAACAGUGCUAUAUUCUAUGUCUUCGAGCAGAGUCAGGAUUGGGCAAGGGCCAGGAAUUAUGAACCACUAGAGGAGGUCCCAACCAGAGAAACUUACGUAUGUAACGCAGAGGUCUAUAGUAGUUUAAUAUCCAAACUCCAAAUAGUGAAAAUAAAGAAAGCAGAAAAAGAAUUCGUUCGCCUGGAAAUCAAAUUCGACAAAUGGACCAAAGCCGUUCCUUUGGUUACAUACUGCACGUUCCAGGCAUACCAGGGAUAUCCAGAUGACGUAAUCACUCAAGACACAGUACUCUUCAUCAGUAAAAAUAGUAUACCAACUAAAAUCUCGGUGAUGCUCAAAACGUAUGUUACAAGAACAUUGAUAGGAAAAACGUCUAGAAAAAUUGAAUACAUAGUUAACACGUUGACGUUAGAGAUGAAGGAUGAUGAAGACGGACGUCCUGAAGUCGGUAUAGAAAGAACAUCUCCAUCACCAGACAAACUAGGAGAAAUGUUUAUGCCAGUUGAUAAAAUGUGUGCAAAGCAGGAGAAGGAUCCUUUCUUCCCGCAGACCGUUUCGACAAAGAGGGAGUGGACGGUUUGGCCGAGGUUGGGGAUGAACUUCGGCCAUCGGUGUUUUAAGGGUUGAAGAGGAGUUUUCUGGCGAAGGACUACGAGGUGGGGAUGGUCGUAAUACUUCGUCACAGAGAAGUUCGUUCCCCUGUGUUUGUGUUGUGCUGGUCAUUCUACAGACUUAAAAAACGUUUUUUUAUAAAUUAUAUAAAAAUUUCAUUCAAAACCUACCGAUACCAAAGAUUUUUAUAAUUUUACUAAUUGCAUUUAUAAUCUUACCAAAGGAUUUAUUCUCCUGGAU